ACAUGUUUGAACAUUUCUUGACAUUGAUUUCAUCAUUUUUAUUUUUAAUUGGUAUCAGAGUCUUACAAGCAGUGAGAUGUGAUUUUGACAGAACGCAUUUAGUAAACAACUUUAAUGAAACAGGAUUUCUUGGUACAUGGCAUGAAUUAGAGAGGACGACAUUUCAAUGGGGAGACAACACGUGGGACUCCCAGGUGUGGACCUUUAAACGAGGAAGCGACGGUCACCUGUAUAUGGCAUACACAGGGUUCGCUCCUCGCACACAGUCUUGUACUUCCCCUAACACCGGACUCUUGAGCGGAACAGGAGGGGCAUACACAAUGACGGCAGAGGGAAGAUAUGAAGCUGCUUUACGAGUUGCAUACAUUGACUACUCAAACGUUGCCCUGGUGUACCUGUGCUAUGCUCCUGAAAUCCAAGGUACCUGUGACAGGUCAGCUGUUCACGUCUCCCUGCUUUCCCGGACACCUGCUCUGUCCACACCACAGCGGUCUGUGCUGAAGGCUCACCUGGAUUUAAAAUGUAUGGAAAAUCAUCACCUUAACCAAGCUUCCACAGGUCUUUGUCAGGUACCGAUUCCAACUAUCCCAGUUGGGAAGUAAGAGACUUUGGAACAAAUUAAUAUUCGGUGAAAUCCGAUCAACUUUAUGACAGCGAACUGUGAAGUAAAUUAAUUUGUAAAUUAAAUUGUUUAAGAGAUAAAUUUGAUUGUUU